UGGGACCGCACUCGCCGCCUUCAGGCCCGCUUCCGGUCCACAGCCGGAUGCGUGCGGACUGUGCCCGCUGCCUCUGAGUCCACCCCAUGGUUACCCCUGUAGAGAAUGGCUGUGACCUCUUCCUGCAGCGUCAGGCCCCACUCCGCCUCAAAGUCGAUAUAAGCGCCCCUCUGUGCAAUGCGGUUGGAUGGAAACAACCCUUUCACUGCUGUUCAGAUGUGCACUUCCUGUACUUCCUCUCGGAUAUGAGCUAAGAACUUAAUGAAAAUGGACACACUUCUUGACUUCCUAGAGCAAGUAGACUAACAGGGAAGAUAGAUGCUAUCCCAUUUUUAUCAGAUUUCCUUCAGCUUACCCUGAAUUUUAUGUGAAAAUGAAAUGUGUUGCCAAGAAAUGCGGAAUUAGGUUCCAGCCCCCAGCCAUCAUCUUAAUAUAUGACAACGAAACCCAAGGAAAGAGUCGCCAGCGCAUCAUGCCGGUCCGAAACUUCUCCAAGUUCUCAGAUUGCACCCGAGCUGCUGAACAACUAAAGAAUAAUCCACGGCACAAGAGUUACCUAGAACAGGUGUCCCUGAAACAGCUGGAGAAGCUGUUCGUCUUUUUACGCGGUUACUUGCAGGGGCAGAGCUUGGCAGAAACGAUGGAGCAGAUUCAACGGGAAACAACCAUUGACCCCGAGGAAGACCUGAACAAACUAGACGACAAGGAGCUGGCCAAAAGGAAGAGCAUCAUGGAUGAACUGUUUGAGAAAAACCAGAAGAGGAAGGAUGACCCCAGCUUUGUGUAUGAUGUUGAAGUUGAGUUCCCUCAGGAUGAACAGCUGCUGUCCUGCAGCUGGGACACUGAGUCAGCGGAUGAGUUCUGAGACCUCCUGCUCCACGUCUCCACAAAGAACAAAGAUCGGUCCUAGAAAAUGUGUAAAUACUAACGUACAUAUAAAACCAAAACACUUGCAUGUGUUGUGUGGGUCUAUGAGAAACACAGAAAACCAGUAUGGGAAUGCUCUUUAAGGAGCCGGCAAUCUAAAGGGAAGGUAACUCAGAAACGUGUAAACAGAUAUUUUAAUAAUAUUACUCAGGAAAAAGACUAGAGCCAGGUUUUCAAUGAAGGCUGAAGAGGGUGAGAACCUGGAUUACGGCAGCCAGAAUAGCAAGGAAGACUUUCUCUCAGCAGAAAGGGGCCUGUGCAUGGCCCUGGAAUGCUACAGAUGUUUUUGUAGAAAUCUGGAUGAAGUAAAGGGAAAGGGUGUAGUAAAGAGUCACAACACAGAAGAUUUUGAGAAAGAGUGAAUAAUUAUAGUUUGACAAGAUUGGAAUUAACCUGUGUUCAUUAUGUCUCCGUGUGUAUUUAACUCUGGGGUAGACAAAAACACCUGCAAAAUGCCUCACAGCUACAAGUGUAGGCAUUGUGACAGACAAAGGCAGUUCUGUCCCCCCACGAUCAGGAAAUGUACACUAAAGUUACUCUGAAACCCAGAACCACUUCCUGUGAGAGGCUGGUUUAUACAGUGGGAAGUUCACCCACAAUGAGUGAGCAGUAGGCUCUCCUGUUCAGACCUGCACAGGAGUUAGAUGUGCACUGAUCUGUUUAGCACGGCCACUGUGUGCAGAUGUGUUUGUUCUUACUAGACUAUUAUCUGAUUGAUAGAAAUCGUAGGUUUUCUACAAGGAAAGUCUUACUCUUUGAAUAAAGCUGGAGCUGAGUGUUAACUUUUA